GGGGCUUUGUCUCCCCUCUCUAAUAGACCAAGGAAAGUGUACAUUAGGUAUCCCCGCUCCUCUUGCCUCCAGUUUUCCUCGUGGCACCUCAUCCCCAGUUCCUCAAUCAUCAUCUGUUUUCUCUUAAGCUCCAAGUACCGAUACCUUUCAGAGUCACUCGUAACAAAGAGAAGCACGAAGGUGCAACCUGAAGCGGACAUUUGCCCACCAUUCUGUCUUCUGCUUAACGGGGAACAAAGGAGUUAGCGAGACAAGGUAGAGCCCGGCCGACUACUUGGUCCCGGAUAGCUUACUCUAGUCAACCGAGACGGGAGAUACAUAUUGCGAGUGUCGAUCGUUUUUGCUGUUUGGCCAUCAGUCAAUUCCAUUGCACGGCAUUACCCAGUCGUUCCUUGCCUCAGGUGCAGAUAGAGUGCGCAAUCUGGAGCAAUCCGAUAACAUCACAUCAUUCCUGCCGUCUAUAACCUCCCCUCGCACACCCUCAGUCGUCAUCUCGGCCCCGCCCGACUUGACGUUUACCCCCUAACGGCUGCGUUUCACCUCUACAACACCGACUGCAUCGGGUCGCACGCAACUCGAACCACUGCCACUUGCAAACAUACGAGCUCGUCUUUCACGAAAACAACUACCACACCACCCUUCACUCACCUUCGAAACCGUUACCGCAUCUCCACGAACUGUUCCAAUACGACCAUCAACAAAGCUUGGACCAGAACAGACCCUUCCCAGAACCUACAUAUUCCCCCUUCACCUCGCCGCCACCUGUCCGCCUCUUUCAUCAUGUCUUCCGAUAACAGCAAUUCGAAUCAGACCAACAACGAUAUGGCGCGCCAACAGAGACGGGGUUCCGUGACUGCUUCAUCUGCCGCUUUGGCCAGCCUCUUCCGAAGCAACUCCAUCACACAGGGCCAGCCACCUAACUUCCCCGGAACAUCUGCCGCCAUCAACGAGCAACGUCGGAGACUCUCCAUCACCACCCUCGGCCUGUCCGGAACAUCGCCGUCGGCUUCCUUUAUGCGUCGUGCCAGCCUUUCCACCAACAACUCGGAACUAGCUGAAGAGAAUGCCAUUGAUGAAGAUGAUUCUGCCCGCACCGCUCCAGCCGUCCCCUUCGGCCGCCGCAUGAGUCUAGGUGCCCGAGGUCCUUGGGGUGGUGUAAGCCCUGGGACAAAUGAGCAAGGUUUCAACUGGUCCGAGCAGCUUCGAUCUCGUGCUGAGAGUACCGUUUCUGGUCAACGGCACUCAAUCUCCUUUACCUCGGGCCUCAGUGGCUCGCCUCCUGGCGCCGGCUUUAGGCGCCCAUCUCCGCCAGUCUCGACCCCUCAACAUGACCGGGCCAAAUCUGUCUCCGAAAUGCCGGCGCCUCCCGCCCAGGCGCCGAAAGCACGACCUGUCCCACAAAAGCCCGAUCCCUUCCAGGAGCGCAUUCUGAAGGGCGACUUUUACAUGGACUGAGCGCGGUCCAUCAAUCACUGGCUUGACGCUGUUUUCUUUUACAUUGGUUUUUACAACAUGACAUAACUGCUUUUUCUUUCUGGGACUGGAGCAUCAGUUUGCUCCGCCCUCAUGCACCGGAGUUUAGGGAAGGGCUAGGUUCUCUUGUCGGGGCAGGCCUUGAAGAAAACAAAACCGGACAUAAACUAUGGCAAAGGUUCAUUUUCAAGAGGGGAACUGACCUCAAGAACUUACUAUUGCAUCGUUGUUUUUCUGAUUCGUUUACCGGCAAAGGUACAUACGCCGGUCUUUCUAAGGCGAAGCAGGCGAGCGAUCCGAGAUGAGGAAACGACCACUCUAUCCAAUUUCAUCAGGUUGAGACGAACUUGCUUUUUUUCUCUUUCAUGUUUCGUAUGAAUCGGGUAUCGGUUUUUAUGGUAUCGGUUGCUUCACAAGGCUGGCAUAUUUGAGGACGAUACACCCAGAUUGGGAGGAAUGGCAGGAACAUUCAAGCAUAUGGGCAAUGGUUAUGGGAAGGCUGAGUGGUUACGGUAAUCAUCGAAUAGAUUGCCCAAUACAAUACAUAUUGUCCAAUACUUUCCGGCUCCUGCCGUAACACACUGAAUCAUUCGC